AUGGCUGAACCUACUACUGCAAGCAUCUACGAGUCUGUUCCAUUACCACUCGGCAAGAGUGUGUCUAUACGAGUCAUAACUAUCCGACCAAGCAUUAAUGGUGGAUUCGAUCGUAUAUCGUGCGACUUCCAUCUCUUAGAUUUGGAUACCAAGUUACUACACAUUUCUACCACGAGCACGAGCGAGAGAGGCCCAGUACAAUACACGGCUCUGUCAUACACAUGGGGUGAACCGUCCGCAGAAGCGACAAUAAAUCUGAACGGCGAGCCUUUUCCUGUGCGAAAGAAUCUGUGGGCUUUCCUCAGUCAGGCGCGGUCUAAUGGUCUCGAAGAAUACCUCUGGAUUGAUGCGCUUUGCAUCAAUCAAACAGUGAAUGAAGAGCGCAGUCACCAAGUAGCAAUUAUGGGCAGAAUAUACUCCUCGGCAAGCCGUGUGAUUGUCUGGCUGGGUGUAUACUCGGGUCUAGCUGCGGAAGGAUUGCUAUGGACCACAGCCGCGUAUCUUGCUGAUGACUUGACCCUCGACACACUGCCGGGUUACGAGAAGCAACUCGAGGAGCUGUUCGAGCUACCAUAUUGGACUCGUAUCUGGAUUGUACAAGAAUAUGUUCUUGCGAAAUCUAUCGACAUCUGGCUUGGAUAUUUGAAAAGGGACGGCAAGAUGUUUGGCUGGCUCUUCAAACGACUUCGCAUCAAGUCAGAAGCGUGGUGGAGCAACCGACGGUCAUUCUCAAUCAACUACCCCGAGCUCGAACCAUUUUACCGCCUACGGCAUUUCCCAGGCAUGAGUAUCAUUAUUCGACGAGAAAGCGAGCACAAUUUCUCCCUAUCCAAAGACCCAGAGGGCAAUUACUUAUACAGCGCGCAAAGACUCGCGAUGAUUAUAUGCGAGUUGGGCCCCAAUAUGCGGUGUACUGAUCCACGAGAUCGAGUGUAUGCUUUACUUCCCUUGCUGAGUCGAGAGGCUUCAGAGAUGCUUUCUAUCACCCCGGACUACUCGAAAACUACUGCAGAGGUGUAUGCAUCUGUUGUAGACGCUCUCGAACGACAUAAGGAUAUUGCAGAUCAUAUGCUGGUUCCGAGAGCAGUUCGCAACUUGGAGCAUAUGCUGUGCCUGGGCGAAGAUGAGCCGGAGAUUCCGAGCUUGUAG